AUGACCGCCAACGACAUUGGCAAAAAGAGACAUGUUUUUUUAGAUGAGGAGGACACAGAAAGAGGCUGCAAACGUGUUUGCGUGGAACACUCCCGGCACCCCGUAGGGUUUGAUGUAUCGUCAGACUUGAGCAAUCCCAUCCCACCUCAGGAAGCCAAACUCGGCACCAUACAUCCCUAUUUUCCGUCUACCGAGACGGCGUCGGAGCUGACCAACAGCUUCGACGUUCACUCUCCGGCACCAUUCAGGAUGGAGCCUUCCUUUUCUGAUACAGCUCAUCUGCUUUCCAACGGCGGCGAAGUUCUCGAAACUGGUCACAGCGUAGCUGACGUUGAGUUGACAUCCCUUGCCAACAUGCUGUUCAUGUAUCCAGAUACUGGAACCGCUGCACAGACUCUAGUCUCCGGGCCAAAUACUGCUGUGUUAAUGAAUAUGAGUCAACACAACAACGAUGAGGACCCAUUGACUCCUCUCAACCCGCCUGGUUACCAAAUUCAACAACUAAACGACCUUGAAUCCAGUUGGGGGACUGAUUUUUGUAACCUAAAUACUGACUUCUGGGUCGAAUCUGCAGCAUCUUUUGGUCAUCAACUCGAUUUGAGUCUACUACAGUAUUUGCCACCAAUUCAAAGCCAAGCCGUUGGGAUGACUUGCUUUCCGACCAAUGCCGAGAACAGUACUCUCGUGGCGGGUAUCAAGACGGGUCUCUCAGCAGAGUGGCCAUACAUGAACAACGGAGUGAAUCUUUUAGAAUCAGAAUUGACUACGAAUGUGGAGAUGCAGAGCGAACUCCAAAGUCCAGCAACCUCAGAGUCCAGCAUGUUGGCUUCGAAUAGUGUACCUGAUGCCUGUGAUGAAGUGCCGGAUUCAGACUCCGUUGUGGAGCUCUCUGCUGCUCCCAAGUAUGAUGCCUGCUUUGGAGUGGUGAUGGCAACUGCGACGUCCUCUUUCAAAAGUAGUUCCGGCACGCAGCAAGUUCCAGUGAGCAUCACAGCUUGUGCAGACAUGCUGAAGCUUUCCUUCCAAAAUUCGAACAAAUAUGCGGGCCUUAUAACCUGCCCAGCAUUGAGUACGCUCUUAAAUGACUGGUGCAUCCAACUCAGCGCAACAUUGAUAGCACCGAAUGAAAAGUCGGACCAGGUUUCAAAGAAGGCCAAGGUGCGCAACUCCUGUGUAUCGCGAAAAUGCCCUGUGCGGAUCAUAGUCUACGGCCUUUCUAGUGAACGAGUCGCGGUGGGGAACUUGCUUUCAGGUGCCGGACUCUAUCUUCAACAUCCAUCGACCAGCGAGUACGACAGACAUGUGAAAUAUACCAACCCACAUUACCUACUCCGUCCGGGAUCUGAUAUGCCAAAAUUGGAGCAAUUAUCAAUAUCCUCAGACAGCGGAAGUCCCAAAUCAUCAGAGUUUCUGGACGAGAUGAAUAAAUGCCGUUUCCUACCUGUCUUUGACCUCGCAGAUGAUGUUGGGAGUUCGUCGACAGCCGAACCUAGUUGUCGGCUCCGCUCCACUCUGAAAGAACAUCAACUUACAGCUCUGGCUAUGAUGAUAGAGAAGGAAGAGGGUAUCCUGAAAGGAUCCAAGUUUCCGUCACUUUGGGAAUUAUCAUCAUGUCCCGAUGCAACUAUGAAGCAAGUAUUAUAUCGACACAAGAUAACCGGAGCCCAUGAGAUUUCUCCAAGGCCAGUGUACGGUGGAAUACUUGCUGAUGAGAUGGGUCUUGGAAAGACAUUGAGUGUCUUGGCCCUAAUAUGUUGGUCGUUGGAUUCUCUAGCCAGCGAGCUUAUUGCAUCAAAUGACGAGGAGUCUUGGGGAACUUUGAUUGUCGCACCUAAAUCAACAAUCAGUGGCUGGCAAGAGCAAAUUAAGAAGCACAUUCAUCUUGGACAACUGAGAGCAGUAAUCUACCACGGAUGCGAACGGAAAUGCCUAUCCAAGAAGCUAAAGAAUUUUGACGUGGUUCUCACAACGUACGAAACAAUGAGGUCCGAGUGGACUGCGAAAGGGGCACUUUACCUGGAACGAUGGCACCGUAUUGUCCUUGAUGAGGCUCACCACAUUCGCACAAGGUCAUCUCAGGCUUUCCAAGCCGCGUGCGCAAUAGACGCCCAGCAUCGCUGGUGUCUAACUGGCACACCCAUACACAAUUCGCUGGAUGACUACGGCGCUUUGCUGAGCUUCGUUGGGGUGCAGCCAUUCGCAGACAAAGCUGCCUUUGAUUUUUGGAUAGCUAAACCAAUCAAGCAAAACCAACCACACGGCCUACGGAGGCUUGAAGAUUUGGUCCGUGCAACAUGUCUGAGGCGCAAAAAGUCGCUGAACAAAGGCCUACUUGAGCUGCCUCAACGAUCUGAAAAGAUUGAAUGGAUUAUGCUGUCUCCGGAGGACAGAGAGCUGUACGAGUUCUUCAAAAUGAAGACAGCCAAGAUUGCAUCUCAACUCUCGCGGCGUCACCCUGGUGCACCCAAAGUCGACCAUCGAAAGGACACCAACAUUUUAACUCUCAUCGGCUUCUUGCGGCGGAUUUGUGACCAUGGGGAGCAUCUCCUUCCCACGUCAGCUCUCGAAGCCUGGAAAAGCAGAGACAACGGAUCUGUUGACUGGCAAAUGAUGCGCGUCUGCAGAGCCAGGUGCGACAUGUGUGGGGGUUUUUUAGAUGAAAUCGAGGCACCUGCGUCGAUAGAUUUCGAGCUUCAUUGUCAACAUUCCAUAUGCCCGGGAUGUGCCAUUCGAAGCCAGGAAUGUGGAGCAGACGAUGGUCCAGCUUGUCCAAAGUGCAUAAAACAGAUCGUCAGCGAAGGAGACAGCACAGUUUCCCAAGUACCCGGAACAUUCGUCCGACCAUCCGCCAAAGUCAAUGUAUUGAUGCGAAAUCUUCGUCAGGAACAGUUUUCGGAAAAUGAGGGCGAUCAAAACCUACCUAGAAAGAGUUUAGUUUUCAGUUUCUGGACCAAAAUGCUGGAUAUAGUCCAGCGCCACCUUGAACUGAACGGGUUUAUCUUUCGACGGAUAGACGGCCAGUCCUCCCUUCAAGAGCGGCGGAAGGCAAUGUGCCAGUUCAACGAUGACCCCAAGUGCACUGUGAUGUUGGCGAGUAUCGGUAGUGCAGGAGAAGGGGUCGAUCUCACGGCGGCGAAUCAUGUGCACCUGCUUGAGCCUCAAUGGAAUCCAAUGGCUGAAGCUCAAGCCGUGGACAGAGUGCAUAGAAUAGGGCAAACUCGGGAAGUGCUAACGACCAGAUACAUAACUCGUGACUCAAUAGAAACCUAUGUCCAGUGGAUUCAGCAGGACAAAAUACGACUCAUCAACCAAUCGCUAGAUUCUGCCAACGUCUCGCAAGUGGAGAUCGACGAGCAACAGUUGAAGAAGCUACAGCUCAACGUGGAUUGCACGCAGAAUGGUUACAACCCAAGCUGA